AUGGCUAAAGAGCAGGCUGGGAAAUGCAUGCAAGCCGGGGUAGAGAGCUGGCAUGCAGUAGUACUCGACGAAUCAAGUUCCAACAAAAUACUAGACAAGCAGAAAUUAACUGUGUCAGCUUGCCCUAACUUUUCUGAUCUUUUAGCCCCUUCCUCAGAUCCCUCCCUCACUCGAUCGCCCUCUUUGUCUGCAAGAUUCAAUAAGUCUGCUUUCUUGCAUGUGAGAAACCCAAAAAUAAUAGAAAAAUAUAGAGGUUGUUCUUUGGCUUACGAAUCUUAUCUUGGAUUAUCAACAAAAGAUCAACAAAUCCCGUAG